UUUUGGGGAGGGGAAUGAACAAAUUCCUAUGCCCUUCAAAUAACCCAGAGAUGCUUUAAAAUAAAAGCACACAGUCUACUCAUGUAAAAACACGCUGAUUCCCGGAUCAUCCGUGGGCCGGAUUUAGAAGGCGAUUGGGCUGGAUCCGGCCCCCGGGCCUUAGUUUGCUUACCCAUGGCCUAGGGAGUUAAACUCCUUAACUGAUUUGUUGUGUAUCACCUAGAGCUGUAGAGAUUGAUGGGAUCUGCUACUUUUCAGGCCAUUUAGUGUUUGUCCCAUCCAGCAGUUUAUCUUGGUAAUCCUCAAAAUAAACCUCCUGGCAGGCCAGUAUUACUCUACUCCUAUAUUAAAAACGGGUGAGAAAGAUGAAGCUGAGAGAGAAGCUCUUACUAAGUCGAAGCAGUGAAUUAAUAGUGGGGCUGAGCAUUGGACUAGGGAUCAAGCUCAUAGCUUAUGCUCUUAACUACACACACUGUAAAAGUGUGUGUGAUACUGGUUCUAAGGCAUGUCUGCUCACUCAUUGGUUCUCUGGUUUCCAGAGCAUCUCUUCCAUAGUUCCUGAUGUGUUUGGAUUUUCCCUAAGCUUGACUUGAAUAAUCAAUCAUAUGGUUAAUGUUAGGUUUUUGAGAAGGUUCACUGUCAUAAGAAGUCAUUUAUAUAGCUGUUUAUAGCAGAAGAGCCUGAUAUAUCAGACCCCCGCUAUUGUAUACCUGAAGUCCAUAGUGGAAAACGCUGUGUCAUCACAAGUGUUUAAAGCCCUAAUGGAGGUUUGGUAGCUGCUUUUCUUUAACCAUUGCAUCAAACAGCCUUUUGCCAAUGCCACAAAUGUGUAAGUAUCCCACUCCUUCCUCUCUCCACUCCCCAGUAAGAUUGAAUUAAAACUGAGGGACAUAAACAUGGUGUUUCAAAGUGGUUUCAUCAGCUUUAAUGUGCAUUGUAGCCAUCGUGACUUAUUUCAAUAUUAAACAUUGAUUAAUCCUGGUUUAAACAGGUUUUGCUUCAGGUUUAAGUGUACUUGUUUGGCCACAUUUGGAAUCCUACCCAAAAAAAAAGUUUUAUUGGUGAAUCUUAACAGUUGAAUUACCAGCUCUAGAGGAAUGCAUAGUAUGCAGUUUGUCUAGUCUCCUCUUAUCGUGAUCAACUUAUUUAAGUGGUCAACUAUUAAGUGGACUUUGUUUAAAGUCUAUACUAAUUUCUUAUAUGAUGCUCCUGCCUCAUUUUGUUGCACACACUUCUUGUGAGUUUGUCUUGUUACUGCCCGUGCUUGGGAGUAGGGACUGCGAAACAGCAGUGCAACCCAACCUUGGCAUUGUUGAGCUUAGAGGAGGAGUUCUUUCUAUGUACCUUGAUAAAGACUAGGAUAUAAUCUGCAGUACAAGGUGGCGUGGCAAAUGUCUAAAGGAAAGCAUAUACCUAUGUUUUCGAGUUGUUUCUGUUUAUACCCCCAGCCUUUUCGCCCUUUAUCAGUGUGUGUGUUCUCUUAUUUGCUGCUCAAGAUUUCUUCAAAUGAUUAGUUUUUCCAGGCUGAAGUCCUUGGCAGAUGUCUUCGCCUGGAUAAGGCAAUUGCUUUAUCACAUGACCUGCUAUGUAUAACUUUAUACAGAGAUUGCUCUCUGUAUAUUUGCUGUGUGCUUUUGCCAACAUCUAAAUGGAGGUAGUUGUGGUGAAGAACAGACUUAAUGAUCCCAAACUGGAAGCAUCUUGAUAAGUCUCGCCUGUGCUUAUAAUAUGUCUGACAGAGGGCUGCAGAGAUAGUAUCUGAAACAGAAAACCUGGGAUUAAAAGACACUAAUUUUACAGAAUGCAGACUAGGGCUCUUCUUCUGGAGUGAGAUCAUGAUUCUCCAUGUAGAAAUGGGCAGGGCGUGUGAGGGUGUAUGGAGAGAAACAAUUUGCCAGCAAUACUAACUGGGUGAAAAAACAUCCUGAGGAAUGUGCCUAUAUUACAUUCUCAGAAACAACUAUCAGUCUAAAGGGUUUGGGUUGUAAACCUGGCUAAUGCUGGCAACAUCCUUCCACUUGAGCCCAUGAGCUCAGCGCUUUUCAGAAAGUGUCAAUACAGUGAUGACAAUUUAAUGCAUAUAGUGCAAACUUUGUUUUGCAGUUCUAGAAUAUUGUGACAGAAGCCGCAAGCCAAGAAGGGAGUAUACUUCCCACCAAGAUUCUAUUUUUCUUAUAACACUAUCUUCUGUUAAAAAUUAAUGUAAAUAUUUGUAAUAAAACAAAGUAAUGAGGAGGAAGCUUUAUUUUGCACCGCAUUGUGUGCAUUACGCAGGCACAAUUACUACUGGAACCAAGUGGAAAUCAGCAGUGGACCAGUUUUAAGGAUUGCCAGCUAACUUCCUUUUUUCCAAAAGGGAUGUACCACAGUUAGCUCCUCAUGCCCAUUGUUUUGAAAGGGACAUUGGAACAGUGUCUUGUUGGGGGGAAAUAACACAGUUGCAUCCUGCAUUCCUAAACAUUAAAGCUUUGGCAAUGUGGCGAGGAACAUAAUUGUGCUAUAAUGUCAUGUUGUUUCUGUGAGCUGUUGUAUGGCUUCAAAUAGUCUUUUUUCAAUAUUAUGCGGAAAAAAAUAAAUUGGUACGUCUGGAAAAACUGUCUAGCUUAACUUUCUUAGAUGGUCACUUGUAAGUUUGUUUUGUUUUUGUUUUAAAUGGGGGAGAGUCAGGCAAGCAGAUCCCACAUGCAGCUUGAAGUGGUCCAGUAUUUUACCCCUUGGUUCUGCUGAUUAGCAUGAGAGGGUAAAUAGAUAACGUUAUUAGAUCAUACUCUGGUUUUAUGAUGUGCCGAACCUUUAAAGCAGCUGUGGUUGAUGGGAGUUGGAGGGCACCAAACAUUUGGAGGGCACCAAGUCAGCCAAAGGCUGUUCUAAAGUAAAAUUCCCACAUGAAGAUGGAUAGAUCGCAAGGAAUAAAGUGGCAUUGCACGUGGUUGGAGGCAUAGCCUGCAGGGGAGUGGAAAGCUGUUACUGGCAAAUUCUCAUCAGCAGGAAGAUCCAGAUAUAAAACAUACAGAGAUGUCCAUGUUGCACAGAUGGAAAGUUAUAAGCUUUAAGGCCUAAUUGGGGAAAAGUACAGUGAGUUGGAAGGGCACCUCUAGAGUCUCACAGAGGCUAUGCUUUGAAAGAGAGCCAUCAUUAUACUUUUUAGAAUGUAGCUCUAAGUACUGUACUUGGGAUUUUCAGAGUACAGUAGUUACUUCCAUUCCACUGGCACUAGCCAUCCCUCAAAUGUUGUUUCUAUUUGAGGACUAAAUGGUACAUUUUGUUUAAUGUUGAGAGAGCUGAUAAACCAGUUACAUCUGGGCUCCUUUCCAUGCUGAAGGAAAUGUCGUCAUCAAGGUUUUUCAUGGAUGGGGGGCCCUCCCGACUCACUCUUCCAUCUGCUGUUCCCAGGCAUGUCUCUCCCCGUACUCCUUCCAACACCCCCCCCCAAAGAGGCCUCUAAAUUCUGCAGAAUAGGCUUGUGUACAGUUGUUGCUCUUUAGGGUUCAGUUUCUGGAUGGCUCUGAACUUUGCCUUUCAUGUUGUUUAGAUUUUCUUCUUGGAGGAAGUAAUUGAGUAAACUAGUUAAUAGCUGUAGAAGUGUGAACAAUGAAUCUCUCCAUCAUCAAAGCAGAGGAACUGAUUACAAUGAGUAACAGAAAAAUGGAGUUAGAAUAAAUACCCCCCCUUUCCUUUCCUUUUGCACUAUUUUGUAAUAGCUACAUAGCCCUUCAUAUUAAUGAAUCCCAAUAAAUGUAUCUUUGCCUUCACAAAGUUUUUUUUAAAGAGUUUUUGUUCUGAUAUAAUAGCUUGGGGUUCCCCCCCCCAAAAAAAUAUAGGAAUUAUUAUAUCAGGCAGUGUUCACCUGGCUGGUGCUUUGAAGUGCUGGAACACAUUCAAUAGUUCCCUGAGUACAUCGGGCACAACUAAAGGGUAAAAAUGUAUGUUCUGUAUGUUAAUAAUAAUAGAGUUGUCUGGUAGUCUGUCUGGGAAACUUGCUUGGGUACAUGCCUGAAGCAAAUAUUGAGUGCUACUAAACCUAGAGCAAUUUCUACAUUACAGGAAUGGGGGUGGGGGUGGGAAUCCUCUGCAGUACAUUGAAAAGAACCACGAACACAGUGAAACAAGUCAUCAAACUCUCCAAACUGUAAAUAGGGCUUGGUGGCCAAUAUUUUUUCUUCUUUUUGCAGUGAUUCCUAAUGUAAAUAAAACACAUUAAAUGUAGUUCCACAAACUAUUUUAAGCCUGUAAAUGUGUUUUAAAAAAUACCCAUGUGCAAUGGGCUGGAAAUGAUAAAUGUUGCCCCAUGGUUUGGUGUUUUGUUUUUUGGUUAAUGCACAAUUUUUCUGCUCUACUUGGCUCCUCUUGUUCUUUGGCUAGGGCACAGUACACAGAUUGUGUCAUCGUUGUUCCUAAAAGCCCUUGUAAUCAAGGAGAAUGCCAUGGCAAGUAACAGGAAUUCUAAGGGAAACAUGAGGAAUAGAUGCAGUUUUUGCUAUUGAUCCAGUUAUGUCUUUGGUUCAGUUGUUUUAGGAAGAGGUUGAAGAAUGUAUGAAUCAUUUGCAAUUUUAUCAAUUAGAGAAAAGCCUCACUGUGUUUGUGUUUGUGUGUGUUGUGCUACAGUAGCUUUCCCCCAACCCAGUGCCCUGUAGUCAAAAAUAUCUGGAAGGCACCAGAUUGGGGGAGGCAGCACUAUAACAAGAAAGGUUGGUUUAAAUAUUGGGGAAACUGUCUGACUCUGAUGUAAGCUGCCAAAUAGGAAAGCAGGACAGCCAAGCUCUUCAAGGCUUGUCUAGAAGUGAAGGAUGGUUUGGAAAUGAACUCACUCCUCCCACAACAUAGAGAUGGGAGGGAGCAGUUUGGUUAAAUUUAUUGAGCUGGAAGUGAUCUGGCUUUCAUAAGUAAGUUGACAUUGAGGUUAGAAAUGUACACGACACAAAUGGCAAAGUGCUUUGAAAGUACUGAAGUAAUACAGUUGAUUCAUCUGGAGAUGAGUCAGGAGAAGUGAUACCAUUACAUAUUAAAGUUAAAAAUACCCCAACAUCAGCUGAUGAGGGUGGUAACAAGCAAAUAUUUAGCUGUGAGCACAUAUGCUAUAAAAUGGUACUAUUUAGGUGCUGGGAGAAAGCUGAGGAGUUAUUCUCUCACCUAUUUCUGCAUUAAUGAAUAAUGGUGUCUUUUCCUUUAGAUGUGGCACAUUUGUUCACUUUUGGAGAUAAUGAAAGAAAGGUAGAAGCUGGAGAGCUCUAAUUUCUCAAUUGAGCAAUAUCUGUCUAGUUCCCCCCUUGGACUGAAGGCAAAAUAAAAUGUAUGGUUGUCUGUAGAACUGCUGUGGACUGCAUUCUGAAUAAAUUGGUGUCUGUUGGCAAUACAAAUUACAGUAUCCUGAAACUAAGAAAAUUAUAUGCUUAAUGUUAGAGAAACAUCUACAAAGUCAUAGCUUUGGAGACAGGCUGGCUAAGCAUAUAAAGUCUAGUAUAGAUUUUUGAGGUACAGAAAUAUAUUGGGCCCAUAUUACCAGCUACUGUAUCAGGAGCACAGAGGAGUGUUGAGUCUUUGAUCUGGCAAGCUGGUCUGUUUACAUUGGAGACAUCCAAUAUGGUUCCAUAUGCAGUUAAUUCAAAGAUUAUUAACUGCUGGGAUAUUUAGGAAGCCGAGUGUCCUGAACUCCCUUAGGUUGACUCUUCUCUGACUUGCUGUUUUGCCAAGGUUUCUGGUGUGAAAAUGUCAUCUCCUGCUUGGAAGAUGUGUCACUUGUGGGACUGGAACACUUGGCUAAAUCUUCUCUGAAACUGGAUCAGGCAUUUGAGAUAGGCAUAGAUUCCAAGGGAGAGGCCGGGAAAUGCUUGUUCCUGGCUGCUUUCUCAACCAGGUGACUCUUCCUUAGGGAGUGCCCCCUGGACAAGGAAAAACACCCAUUGCACAAAUGUGCGUGCAUAGGAUUUACUUGCUGCUGUUCAGCACAGGAGCAACAGCUCCUUUGUUGAAUACUAGCUUAUCAAGCUCCUCUUCAAAAAGAAUACUGUAUUUAAAAGCUAUACUGUGCCAUAGCUGCAGCCCACAAAGUGAACUUUGGGUCACUCCAAAAAUCUGCUCCAAAAUCUGCAAAAAUUCUCUGCUGCAAGGAAACCAGAGUGAUGUCAUCAGAAGAUGAUACUGGUGGGGAGGCGCCCAGUGGCAGUUUCUGGGAGCCUGGCAACUAUAAGCGGACAGUGAAGCGGGUGGAUGAUGGCAGCCGGCUGUGUCACGACCUUGUCUCCUGCUUCCAGGAGAGAGCCAAAAUUGAGAAGAGCUAUGCACAGCAGCUAACAGACUGGUCCCGCAAAUGGAGGACUGCUGUGGAGAAGGGCCCUCAAUAUGGCACACUGGAAAAAGCCUGGCAUGCAUUCCUGACAGCUGCAGACAAACUUAGUGAGAUCCAUCUGGAAGUACGGAACCGCCUGGCUGCUGAAGACUCAGACAAGAUUAAGGCCUGGCAGAAGGAAGCCUACCAUAAACAGAUGAUGGGUGGCUUCAAGGAGACAAAGGAAGCAGAGGAUGGAUUCCGCAAGGCCCAGAAGCCCUGGGUGAAAAAAUUGAAGGAUGUGGAAACUUCAAAAAAGAAUUACCAUAGUUCUCGUAAGGAGGAAAAGACGGCACAGACACGCGAGAAUCAUGCCAAAGCCGAUUCCUCUGUGUCGCAGGAGCAGAUGCGUAAACUGCAGGAGCGUGUCGAGAAGUGUGCUCAAGAAUCAGAGAAGUGCAAGGAGCAGUAUGAGAAGAUGCUGGAAGAGCUCAAUCGCUACAACCCUCGGUAUAUGGAGGACAUGGAACAGGUCUUUGAGGGCUGUCAGGAAGCAGAAUGCAAACGGCUGUGCUUCUUCAAAGAGAUGUUCCUGGAUCUGCACAACCAUCUGAACCUGUCUACCAAUGAUAGCUUCCAUGCACUUUACCGGGAUUUGUAUCAGGGAAUAAUGGCUGCAGAUGACCAAGAGGACCUGAAGUGGUGGCGUCAAACCCAUGGACCAGGCAUGGCUAUGAACUGGCCUCAGUUUGAGGAAUGGUCUUUGGAGACACAGAGGGCAAUCAGCAAGAAGGAAAAAAGUGGGAAAAGCAGUGAAGAUGUGACUUUGACUAGCAUUGUGCCUGCAGGUGAUGGUGUGAAACAGACCCCUACACCGACAAAGCAAAGGUAUUCAUACCAGGAGGAGCAAAACAGUCACUUCUAUGAUACCCUGAAGGCCUCGGCCUGUAUGAAUGGAGGGAAAGAAGAAAUCUCAGAGUGGUCGGAUGAGGACACUCCCAAGAAGCGCCCAGAGGUCAAUGGGCAUGAGGAUGACAUAAAGGUACCAGGCGUGCGGGUGCGAGCACUGUAUGAUUACGCAGGACAAGAGGCUGAUGAGCUGAGCUUUAAAGCAGGUGAAGAGCUCAUGAAGAUCAGUGAAGAGGAUGAACAGGGCUGGUGCAAAGGCCGGCUUCAGACCGGUCAGGUUGGACUAUAUCCUGCUAAUUAUGUUGAGAAAGUCAUUUCAUGAUUGCUUCCUCCCUUCCCCCUUAAAGUGUGCACCCUGCAAGCAUUUUCUCCAGAGGUCACCAAAUCAUUGGCCUCCAACUUGCGUCAAAAACCAUGAAAACAAUCUGGAACUUUCUGAGGACACUCUUAUUGUAACCAAUGCUUCAUUGUAAACAUCUAGAAUUAUGGUGAUGAUUUUUUUUCUAAUAAAGGUAUAGAAAAUUUUCUGAA